GGGUUUUCGAGUGUUUUCACGCCGUUCAUCUUCGUCUCCUAGCUUUUAACACUCGAGAAAUCAUGGGUUUCGCUGCGAUCUGGAACUCUCAUCCCAAGAAGUAUGGGCCUGGUUCCCGCACCUGCCGUGUGUGCGGAAACUCGCACGGGCUAAUCAGGAAGUAUGGACUUAACUGCUGCAGACAGUGCUUCCGCAGCAACGCCAAGGAGAUUGGAUUCAUCAAGUACCGUUAAAGAUUCGGAGUUGCUUAUGCAGUUGAAGUCGUUUGUUUUUUCCUAAAAGAUUUUGAGAUUUUAUGUUGUCAAUGGAUCAUAUGAAUGUUUUAUGAUUUUAUCGUUUAACAUCUGAACGUCCUUGUUUAUCAAACAUAUCGGUUCUACUACAAUUUGGUUAUGAUUUAAAUUUGCAGUUUAA